AUGCUGCGCUUCGCGGUUUCAAUAAAAGGUGCUCCUCCCGAACCUGGAUCUAAGAAAGAUGUCGAGACAUCAUGCUCUUAUAGAAUAUUGGACUGGCACCAAGGAAAACUGACAAUUAAAGAAAUGAGCGUAUUCGAAAAGCUUGACUCAUGCUCUGAUAUUACUGAAAUGUGCUAUUUGCGGGAUAGUCACUGGCCAAAGUCGGGACGAGCUUUUCCCAGCUAUGACUACUUACUUGUGGGUUACACUGAUGGAUUUAUACAAGUAAUUCCUGACGUCCAAAAUUCGUUGCUCGAAGGAAGGACAUUGCAAGCUCGCUGGGUUCUCAGUUGCCGUGUAGAAGUUAACAAUUAUAGCGUUAUGCUCCCGAUCGCUUCUAUCGAUUAUCGAGACGGCCUGCUGUACUGCUUAACAGAAACCGGCCAGAUCAGCGUGUUCAUAUUAAAUUUGCCCGCAACGUACGAAAAAUGCGAGUAUAUCGCUUUUGCUGAAGACGCAGUUGACUUACGCGGUGCGGGUGCACCGUUCAUUGGUUGCGAGAUCGACGGGCUCACGUCUGAAGACGAGGAUUUUUUUAAAGAGUGCAAACUUGUUCGUUCUAGCAAUCCCAAUCACCCGUUCUCUUACUUAGCGCCAGCACACGGCAAAUUUCGGGCCCAACAAGAAAUCUUAUAUGACCUUCCACAUGCCCGCUCGCCAUGUUUCCAGCCAUCUUUCACGCUGAAGCUCAUUGAUAAAAUAAGUCAUUUCCGUAUCAAUCCGCUCAACAAGUUAAGCUUCAUGACUAGCAGUUUAUCCGGCCGCAUCGCUUUGCAUAAAAUCAGAAUAACGUCCAGCUACCUCUCGUAUUUUCGGAAGCUGAAAUCGUUCAUCGGGCUGGCCAUCUACGAAGGAAAAGGGUAUACCUGGAAAUUGUGCGGCAUGACUGAUUUGCCUGUAUACAGUGCAAACAACGAUCGUCACACAAAUUCACACCAGGAACGUAAGCCAGCCACCGAUCCACUGAGGGCCAUUAUAGCAGAUCAACUGAAAAAGUGUGCCAACCAGUUUGAUCGGGACAAAGUGCGCAAAGCCAACUUGAGAGCAAGGUCAGGUGUGCCUGAGCUUCAAUAUCAUACCUUUUGGCGUGAAACACCGGGAAAGCUAAUAUAUGACAGCUGCUCGAAGUUACAAGGUAAGGCUCAAGUUGCUGGUAGUGACGGUCUGAUACCAGAAAAUCCUGUGAUGCAACAGAAAAGAAAAUUAGGGCGUAGACCGCGGCUGAGACUCGGGAAUAAGCCCAAAAAAGUGGUCAAAAACUCAAGUGGCACUCGUGGAAUAGGCGAUAGUGCCAUUUCACCUUCAGGUUCUAUUGUGGCAUUAACUUACUUUGAUUUUUCAUUCUCAGAUUUGAGUAAAGAUACACUUAAGAGUGCACAUGCGUCCAUCACUGCUGCAUUGAAAGAAGAAAAGGAAGAGAAUGACUAUUCUUUGUCUCUUUACCCAAAAUUCAACCGCUUAGAAAUCUUGACGCUAGACGGGUGUCAAAACCUCAGGGCUUUCCGCCCCAGCCUUGGCAGCCAACCUUACCUGACUCUUGAUUCAUAUCGGAAUGAAAGUUCAAUAGGUGAGCUUUCGAGACACCAGAGAAAGACGUUAAAUGGCCAUGCAAACGAGUGGCUCUUUCAAAGAUUGUUCGUAAUAAAUGAAAAUUACUGCCUUUCCAUAAAUGCAUACGGAAUAGCAUUGUGGAAUAGAUCUCACAUGUGCGAUAGAUGCCAAGUUCAGAGUUCUAGCAUUUUGCCUUUGAAAAAGGUCAACUUCUCGUUGGCGCUCGUUUUGGAUGCCAUUGUAUUGGUGAAGGAAUAUCGUGCCUGUGGACAGGGUGAUGAUUGUCAGGGGAACAUCUCCUUGAGUCUAGAGAUUGUCGUGACGUGCGUCGAUAAGCUAAUAAUGGUUCUUGGAAUUGAUUUCGCAGCGCAUAGCGAGACUGGCAAGUGGCAGAUUUUAGAUUUGAUGAAACUAACGGAUCCAACUGGAGAGCUGGAUAAAUUGGUAGUUAUGGGAGUUUUGCAACCCGAUACCAAGAAAAGAACCUGCGAUUCUUUGAAUGCUUCGGCUAGCAUUAAGAAGACCAAAACAGCCGGCGGACUCAACUGUGCAAUAGCUCCUCCUGCAUCUUAG